CCGGCCCCGGCCCCGCCGCCCCAUGACGCCGAGCGGGCGCCCCUUGGGGCCCCGCCGCUCCCCCCAGGCCUGGACUGUGAAUCUGGUUGCGAUGGAGACCGUGUCCCUGGAGCACCAGAUCCAGAGCGUGCAGCGGCACAUCGCCUUCCUGAAGAAGGAGCAGAUGGAGCUGCUCCAUGACCUGCACCUGGAGAUCCUCCGCUUGCAGAAGCACUGCUCAGAGCUCACCCAUGACCUGGAAAUGAAAGAGCUGGAGGCCCGCCAGCAAGAUGUCCUGGACCGCGAGCUGGAGGAGAAGUGCCGGGCGAUGGAGGCCCAGCUGCAGGAGAAGGAGAAGGACAACCUGGAGCUGCGCAAGGAGCUGCAGCACAAGGAGACGCUGGUGGCUGCGCUGCGGUCCAGCCUCCGCAGCAAGGAGCGCCGGUUCCUGGAGGAGCUGAAGCGUCGGAGCCACCGCGUCACCAUCCUCGACACCGAGCUGCAGAAGCAGACGGAGGCGGCCGCCUACCUCUCGCUGCAGCUGCACGCCACGGCCCAGCGGCUGCCGGCCCCGCGGGCGGGCGGGCGGCCGCCCCCCGAGCAGCCCCCGGCCGAGGCUCGGCCCCGGCGCCGCGGCCACAGGGCGCCCGCCCGGCGCCCGCCCGGCGACGGCGCCCGGCCCAGGGACCCCUCGCAGGAGGAGCACGACGCCAUGCCCGACCCGGCCCUGUUCCUGUACGCGCCGCGGCCGCACGGCCCGCAGCGCCCGCCGCCGGAGCCCCCCGGGCAGCCCCGCGCCUCGGCCGGCGGCGCCGCGGCCUCCCGGGGCCAGCGGCCCCCGCGGCAGCCACCGCAGGAGCCGGCGGCCAGGGCCAGGCCGGCCAAGGGCGAGCCUGGCAAGAGGCAGGGGGCCGGUGCCCACGGCACCCACGGCACCCACGGUACCCACGGUGCCCACGGCCCCCACGGUGCCCCCCGGGCCCAGGAGUAG